CCGUGGAUACCGUCCUCCAAGGUCCUCGACCGCCGAUGGAACCUCUUUCCUCGCCAUUCGUCUCUCCCACUCUCGCCAUGGGAGAGCCGUUCCGUUCUCUCAUCCUCCUUCCGUCGUCGUCAUUAACCCCUGUCCUCAGGGUCCUUUGUGAAUCCUAUCCUGCAGCUACGGAGUAUUUCUCUUUCAUAGCCCAGUCAUCUUCGUGCUUUUGGCCUUUCACGCACUCUGUCCCCUUGGUCACUGCAUCGAUCAUCCGUUCAGAGGAUCCUCUACUCGCCAGGGGUGCUGCUGUCAUAUCCACACUUCUUUGUUUCUUUCUUCUAUCGAAAGCCAUAUCCAAAUAUAAACUGCACUUCUAGCGUGUUUCCCUCGCCUAUCCAGUAUCCGAACAUUUCCCCCCUGUGUUAGGUGUUCUACGUCAUUUGGUCCAGCGCCGAAGAUGGACCCCGAACUUCUUCACACCCUCUUCAUACGGGACGACGACAAUGGCCCUCGACCAUCCUGCGACACGGGCAACGGGUACGACGGCCGCAUGGGGCUGCGUAUUUCUUCAAUCUUCGUUAUCAUGGUGGGCUCCACAUUUGGUGCCCUCUUCCCCAUCGUGGCAAGUCGCAUGGGAGCAAACACGGGGUAUCUGUCCUGGGCCUUUUUCAUAGCGAAAUACUUUGGGUCUGGGGUCAUCAUUGCCACGGCAUUCAUCCACCUUCUUGCUCCGGCCGAAGAGGCUUUGACAAAUCCCUGCCUGACAGGCCCUAUCACUGAGUACAGCUGGCCUGAGGGCAUCAUCCUCAUGACGAUUAUUGUUUUGUUCUUUGUGGAACUCAUGGUCAUGCGAUUUUCUCACUUUUGGGGCCAUCACCAUGAUGAUGACGACGACGAUGUCGAGAAUCAAGUGCAUUCACAUCUGGAUGUGGUUGGCACAACGCAUGGUGAAGGCCUGGGUGAGGCUAAGAAUCACAUCCCCGGCGAUGAUCAUCUAGGCCACUCGCGCGAUCAUGCUGGAGUGGAAAUAGCCGAAAAGAGCGUCACAAUGAGCGUUGAAGAAUACGCAGCACAGCUGACGUCCAUUUUCAUCUUGGAAUUCGGGAUCAUCUUCCAUUCCGUGUUUAUCGGUUUGACCCUUGCUGUGUCCGGAAGCGAAUUCACGACACUAUACAUUGUCCUCGUCUUCCAUCAGACCUUCGAAGGACUCGGUCUAGGCUCCCGUUUGGCUACUGCACCAUGGCCCGAGUCUAAGAAAUACACGCCCUUCCUGCUAGGCUUAGCUUUUGGGAUUACCACCCCGAUCGCCAUCGCCAUUGGCCUUGGCGUGCGCAAGAGCUACCCACCUGAGGGCCGGACAACCUUGAUCGUCAACGGUGUUUUUGAUUCGAUAUCCGCAGGAAUUCUUAUAUACACCGCUCUCGUCGAACUGAUGGCGCACGAAUUCAUGUUUAGCUCGUCCAUGCGUAACGCGCCUCUCCGAGUCGUUCUCGCAGCAUUCAUUAUGCUUUGUCUGGGUGCCGCACUUAUGGCGUUGCUAGGUAAAUGGGCAUAAAUAUUUUUACCCCCUCUUGUCAUGUGGGGUUGCUUUCACCUUUUGACUGCUUUCAUGAAUACUGACAUCUUUCCAACCCGACUCCACCGAUCACCGCAUCUAUAUCUUAUUUUCUUACGUCUCAUCUAUGUCUCUCCGAAUCUGGAAAUUUCGGUACUCUAUAUCGGCAUAUUUGCAUGUAUAUAUGGCGCACCAUUUGCCUCUUGAUUAUUUUGUGGGGCGUUUUCUGGAGUAUAUUGGCGGGAACGAAUUAUUUCCAUGUAUUGAUGGUAUUUUGUCUUCUCGAUGACUAUGUACAUGAAAUAUACGACCUAGCUAGAUAAAAAGUUCUCAAUUGUGUGAUUCUGC